GGAAAAAAAAACAUGAACAAAUCGACGGAAAUAAAGUUCAUUCUGCUUGGACUGACAGAUGAUCCUCAACUGCAAAUUUUGGUUUUCCUGUUUCUAUUCUUCAACUAUAUCUUAAGUCUGAUGGGGAACUUUAUCAUCAUCAUUCUUACCAUGCUAGAUCCCCAUCUCAAGACGCCAAUGUAUUUCUUUCUACGAAAUUUCUCCUUCUUAGAGGUUUCAUUCACAACUGUGGGCAUUCCGCGAUUUCUGAUAAGCAUUCUGACUGGAGACAAAACGAUUUCCUACAAUGCGUGUGCAACUCAGUUGUUCUUCUUUCUUUUAUUGGGGGUUACAGAAUUUUAUCUUCUGGCUGCUAUGUCUUAUGACCGCUAUGUUGCUAUUUGCAAACCCUUGCAUUACCCAGUUAUUAUGAAUAGCAAAGUGUGCUAUCAGCUGGUUCUCAUUUCUUGGGUAACUGGAUUCCUAAUCAUUUUUCCUCCUUUGGCUUUGGGACUUAAAUUGGAUUUCUGUGCUUCUAGAACUAUUGAUCAUUUCCUCUGUGACACUUCUCCCAUCCUGCAAAUCUCCUGCACAGAUACACGUUUCAUAGAACUAAUGGCUUUUAUAUUAGCUGUGGUGACACUGGUAGUCACUUUGUUGUUAGUAGUCCUCUCUUAUACAUACAUAAUAAAAACCAUUCUAAAAUUCCCUUCUGUUCAACAAAGAACAAAGGCCUUUUCCACCUGUUCCUCACACAUGGUUGUUGUCUCUAUUACUUAUGGGAGCUGUAUCUUUAUGUACAUGAAACCAUCAGCAAAGGAAAGGGUGUCUUUAACUAAAGGGGUGGCUGUACUCAAUACAUCUGUUGCUCCUUUACUGAACCCCUUCAUUUAUACUCUAAGGAAUCAGCAGGUGAAAGAAGCUCUCAAAGAUGUCCUUCAAAAGUUUUCUUAUUUUCAAAGAAAUGGGACAAAACAUGGAUAUAAGUAG